AAAUUUAAUUAAUUUGCUGUUGAAACGGACUUCCAAAUGUAAUUUGUGUACUUUUUUGAAAACUCGUCUUUGUAAUAUCAUACGGAAAUUCAGAAUAAAUGAGGAGGAAACGCGUACACCCCGAGCGAAAAAUGAGUUUAGACAACAAUUGCUUUGAUCUGGCUAAUUUAAUUUUCCUGCGAAUGUGUUAAACGUGGGAGGCAGUCAAAAAAGAGAUUUCCGAUUUUGUGUGGCAAAUUAAAAUUUAAAUGAAAACGAAUCAGGCACACGCACAUGCAAAAACAAAAAAGGAGCAGAAGAAGAAGGACAAUAGAUUACAAUAUCCUGGGGCGAGGCAAAAAGCCGCACGAGCAACAACGGCAGCAUCAGCAACCGGCAGCAUCAGCAACCGGCAGCAGCAGGAGCAGGAUAUACAGGGCCAGCUGGCCGGGGCAUGCGCCUGGGUGGGAUGCGGGUCGUCUCCGGGCUGAUGGCUGCCUGCCAGCAGCAGCAGCAGAAGCAGCAGCAGCAGCAUCGGCAGCUACGGCAGCCGACAGCGGCGUCCGACCAUCAGCCCAACAGUUUCCGCUUGCUGACUGCCAGUGAGCAGCAAGCAUCAUGCAGCACGGCCAGAGAACGGGAGAACGAGAGGCGAUGCUGCCGAGUGGCUGGGUCGUGGAGUCGUCCCUGUACGAUGCCGAACACGCGCGCAGAGCGCACACAAGCACACACAAGCACACAAUACAGCAUACAAAAACAAAAACAAAGACCCGAAACAGAUACGGCAGCCGCUGGUAGUUGGCAUCAGCCAAUCGGAGCGCUUCGUUGGGCAGCAGGUAGGCGUGUACGUAUCUGCCAUUUCCAAAUAAAUUCAACCCCGACAACAACAAUAACAACAGCGAGCGACGACGACGGCAAAAAGGCAGCUGCUGUUGGUUCGCUUCAAAACCGGUCGACGACGCCGCAGUUGCAUUCAGUUAUUAACGAGCGCUACUCACAGCUACAGCAACAGCAGCAGCAGCCACAGCAGCAGAAGCAGCAGCAGCAGCCACAGCAGAAGUCACUUCACUCAAUGCACACACACAAGCACAUACACACGCACGCAUACACGCUAUCAGUUGAACAGAGUGGAUAAGU